AUGGAAUCCCUGAUUUCUCUCAAGGGUCACAUUCAGUCUUUCCCUUCAUUCUCAUCCAAAUCCAGAACCACGAUUCCUCCAACUCAAGUGAAUACUUACAGAAAAAACUCCCUUUUUACUUUUUCUCUUCGAGCACAGGUGAACCAUAAUGAAGGCUCAACUACAAUAGCCACAUCUAGUGAAUCUGUGGUUGAAGCUCUCAAAGUUAAGCAAUGGGAACUAGGAAUGUUUCAAAAUGAGGUUGCUGCUAACCAAGGUAUAAGAAUAAGGAGAAAACCACCGACCGGACCUCCUUCUCAUUACGAAGGACCUUUUCAAUUCCGGUUGCAGAACGAGGAAAACACGCCGCGUAACAUCUUGGAAGAGAUUGUGUGGAACAAGGACAAAGAAGUUGCCCAACUAAAAGAAAGAAAACCUCUUGGUUUGGUUAAGAAGGCUGUUGAAAAUGCCCCUCCGGUUAGAGAUUUUAUCGGGGCUCUUAGGGCGGCAAAUGGACGAACUGGAUUGCCUGGAUUGAUCGCGGAAGUGAAGAAGGCUUCGCCAAGUAGAGGCAUUUUGAGAGAAAACUUUGAUCCAGUUGAAAUUGCUCGAUCUUAUGAGAAAGGCGGAGCAGCAUGUCUAAGUGUUUUAACAGAUGAAAAGUACUUUAAGGGAAGCUUUGAAAAUCUCGAGUUAAUACGAAAUGCUGGAGUAAAGUGUCCUUUGUUGUGCAAAGAAUUCAUCGUAGAUGCUUGGCAACUCUACUAUGCUCGAUCAAAAGGUGCAGAUGCAGUCCUUUUAAUUGCAGCUGUUUUACCUGAUCUUGACCUCGAGUACAUGGUUAAGAUAUGUAAAUUACUCGGACUGGCCGCUCUUGUCGAGGUGCACGACGAAAGGGAGUUUGAUCGUGUUCUUGGAAUAGAGGGCGUUCAGCUUAUCGGCAUCAACAACCGCAAUCUUGAAACAUUUGAGUUAGAUAUCAGCACCACGAAGAAGCUUCUCGAAGGAGAGCGAGGAAGAAUAAUCCGCGAGAGAAACAUAAUCAUGGUAGGGGAGUCUGGUUUGUUCACUCCUGAUGAUAUUGCCUAUGUACAAGAAGCAGGAGUUAGAGCUGUUUUGGUGGGAGAGUCUAUUGUGAAACAAAGUGAUCCAGCAAAGGGAAUUAGCAAUCUCUUUGGCAAAGAUAUAUCAGUUUGA